CUGUCACACUGUCUCUCUCUCUCUGUCUCUCAUUAAGACUGGUGAGCUAGGGAGCAUGGUUCCUCCAGGGUGGACUCUGGUGGCUGUCUUACUUUCUCUUGUCUCAGUUCUAGGCCCAGUUGGUUCUGUUUCAACCUCUGAUACCCAUCAAAAUGUGUGUAAGACUUUCGGCAGUGGAGUCGUCCAGAUGUUCAACGGAACUGUAUUCUACGUCCGCUCCACCUGUCCAUUCACGCUGACACGUUUUACUCACAACCGGGUGGACUGUGACAUCACCGUGCGUCGAAGUGAAAACGGCCUGCUGGAAUAUGUCGAGAUCAACGUCAACAAGAUCCAGACCCGGAUUCUGUACAAUGGAACCAUCUUCGUCGAGCAGAGAAUGGUGUCCCUUCCCUACGAUCACACCUAUCAACAUGUGUUCCAGUACGGUAUCAACACCAAGCUGAGGAGCACUGUUCUACCUCUGUCUGUCAUCUGGAGCAGUGUGGGCGUGGGCAUCGACUCUCUCUGGGUGAAACUGGAGCAGGAGCUUGUCCUUGGAAUGACUGGACUCUGUGGACGACCAGAUAUACCAGAUGACCGUCCGCGAUUGAUUGCAGAGAGUGUUCUGUCAGAGGACGGGUGCCAGACCAUGGACUCCCUCCUUACUAAGAGCACGGUCUGUCAGAAGUUCCUCUCCAACUACGUUGAAUGUCUGCAGGCUAACACAAGCAAAUACAUAACUCUUUGUAAAGAGAAUAUUUACGGAUAUGAAAAAGAGCAUUAUGUAGGAUGUGCGUUCUACAAAGAAGUUGCCCAUCGGUGUCAGACCAGCUACGCUUGGAGGACCUUGACACACUGCCCUGAGUUCAGUUGCCCAGGAGAACUACACUUUGAGGAGCAGGGUGAUGCGUUUGUUCCCACCUGUUCCAACCCAGCACCUAGAACCAAUGAUCAGGACAUCACCAGCACCUGUGUCUGCCCCCAAGGACAGGUAUUGAACGAUCGAGCGGAGGGCCAUUACUGUGUAAAUGUGUCAGCCUGUCCAUGUGUGUACGCCGGGAGGAACUAUGCACCUAGGGAAGAACGCAGAACUAAAUGCCAGACCUGUGAGUGCGACAAUGGCAAGUGGAAAUGCUCUCAGAACAGCUGCCCUAGUAGGUGUGUGAUUGAAGGGCAGUUUGUGACCACAUUCGAUGGGAAACAGUAUGCCCUUCCCGGUAAAUGCACAUACAUGGCCUCUAAGGGUUUUAAUUGGACGAUAUCCAUACAAUUUUCUGAGACGACGUCCUCCAUCCAAAACGUGUUUCUUCAGAUUUACCAGAAUACCUACAGAUUCUCUCACAACAGUGUACAGUUUGAGAAAGAGGAAAUCCGAGAGCUACAUCAGUCAGACAAUGCCAUCGUGUUCUGGCAGUCAUCCAUGUACGUCCAGGUAUUGACAUCCUUUGGCAUGAAGAUCCAAGUACAGAUGUCUCCAGACCUCCAGCUCUAUAUCACACUACCACAGAGUGAAGUAGGGAUGCCAGAAGGACUUUGUGGAAACUAUAAUACCGAUACCACGGAUGACUUCACCACAAGCAGUGGUAUCGUAGAAAACGCAGCGGAACCGUUUGCGCUGUCCUGGAGUGUAGGGGACUGUCCUGUUAACAUACCUAAAGUCUGCAUCAACACCGACAACGAAAUAUUUGCAGAUGAGAAGUGCCACCCCUUGAGAGACCCCGGUGGGAUUUUCGCCAAGUGCUACGAUCACGUGCCUACUGACAAUUACCACAAGGCUUGUAUCCAGAGAACGUGUACCUGUGGAACUGGGCUGCAGCAGUGCUUGUGUGUGGCCCUGGCAAAUUAUGCCAAAGCCUGUGCCAACCAGGGAAUCACAGUGGGUGACUGGAGAAGGGCCACCAACUGCACGGUAUCGUGUGAGAACAAUCAGAGGUUUGACUACGAAAUGCAGGCGUGCAACAGCACCUGUCUCUCCCUAUCCCGGCCAGACCCCAGGUGUGGGGUGGAGGAUGCACCUGUGGAGGGCUGUGGCUGCCUGGAGGGCACUCAUCUGACCGGGGGGCUCACCUGUACCUCGAAGGCCCAGUGUCCAUGUCACCAUCAGGGAGGAGUCACACCACCAGGUCCUGUUAUCAUCGAUGGACGACAGUGCAAAUGUGAGGAUGGAGAAUUGCUGUGCUCUGAAGAUUGUGGUUGCACCCAGGGGAAGGUUUGUGUGCAUUGCUCACAAUUUUCCAUAGACACAGCUCAAACAACAUGUGCCAGUCUGAGCAAACCAACAAGUGCUGUUCAGAGUUGUACAAGUGGCUGUUACUGUCCAGGGGGCCAGUUGGAAGACCAUAGGGGUGUGUGUGUCACUGUGGACAACUGCACCUGUCAGUACAGCGGCAGAGUGUUCAAAGCGGGACAGAGUGUCAAGACCAACUGUAGAACAUGCACCUGCCACCAUGCCCAGUGGAGCUGUGUAGAUGAACCAUGCCCUGGUACAUGCCUGGUGUAUGGAAACGGACACUAUCAAACCUUCGACUCUAAAUGGUACCGCUACGAUGGGAACUGUCAGUACACAUUAGUGGAGGAUGGCUGUGGUAGUGAAGCCGGCUCGUUUUCUGUCAAAGUGGAGAGUGUCCCGUGCUGUGACGAGGCUCUGACCUGUUCCCGGACCAUCGUGUUAGACCUGCUGGGUAAUGUCACUCUGACUCUGAAUGAAAUGAAGGUGACGAGACGGCUCCAAGGGGGAUGGGCUUCUCUGGAGGCUGAGCCUCUGUACUCCACCCACACUGUGGGCCUCUACAUCAUGAUCUCAGUGCCUUCGAGAGGACUAACCCUCAUCUGGGACAAACACACCAGACUUACCGUCAUACUGGACGACCGUUGGAGGAACCGAGUGUGUGGACUUUGCGGGAACUUCGAUUCCAACGAGAUGAACGACCUGCAGAUAAGCGGGUCAUCGGUGGUGUCCAGCCCCCUCGCCUUCGGCAACAGCUGGAAGACGGCCACACCCCCCUGCUCUGACGUGACCAAUGAGGUGUUUCCGUGCCAGCGCCACUCCUACUGCUCCGCCUGGGCCGAGAGACGCUGUAUGAUCCUCAGGGGAGACACCUUUAAGGACUGCCACUUGAAGGUGGACCCAGAGCCCUACUACCAGGCCUGUGUGUUGGAGUCGUGCUCCUGUGAGUUUGAGGGGAAGUUCUUGGGGUUCUGUACGGCCGUGGCGGCCUAUGCUGAGGCCUGCAGUGACCAGGACGUGUGUGUCCGCUGGAGAACGCCAGACAUGUGCCCGGUAUACUGCGACUACUACAAUGAGCAGGGCCACAGUAGCUGGCACUACGAUCCCUGUGGACAGAUCAAGACCUGUGGCAAAAACAACCUCUUCACUGGCAAGUUGGAAGGCUGCUACCCGAGAUGCUCAGCAGAGGCUCCAUACUAUGAUGAGAACACAAGGAGUUGCUCCACUUUGGACAACUGCACCUGUUAUUCCAACGAGACUAUGGUUACACCUGGUACAGUUAUCAGGAAACCCACUGAGAAAUGCACUUGUGAACAGGGGCGUAUUAACUGUGGUCCUGAUCAAACCACUACUACACCUGAACCUCCAACCCACAGCUACACCAUCAACUACAAUGAUAACUAUACACAACCCACACCCACACCUACACAACCCACUACUACACCUGAAUAUACAACUACACCUAAACAACCCACUACUACACCUGAACCUACAAUCACACCUACACAACCCACAACAACAAGAACCACACCUGAAUAUACAACCACACUAUUCCCAACGAUAGUUACAGGACCUACAAAUACUCAACAUAGUUCACCAGUUGUGUCCGUGUUGAGUACUACAGCCGGACAAAAUACUACAGCAGAAGCAACUACAGCAUACACUGAAACUACAACUAAAUUAACAUCUACACAACCCACAACUACAUUCUCAUAUUCUACAACCAAAUAUGUUGAACCAACAUCUACAACCGAACCAACUACUUCACAUACUGAAAUGACAACCGAACCAACUAUUUCUACUGAAAUGACAACCAAACCAACAUCUGAAGGACCACCGACUGAAGCUACAACCCUGUACACAAGUCAACCAACAACCUCCUCUACACGAUCUCCCACUACCUCUGAAUCAACAACAUCCACACGUCCAACAACGAUGUCAACAACAAUAUCUACAACACGUACAAUUUGUGAGUGUAGAGACCUGAAGAGGAACCAGAUAUGGGCGUGUGGAGAGAAGUGGACAGAAGACUGCUUCAAUAAGACUUGUAAGGAUGGGAAGAUAGAGAUGACUUCGGUCAUCUGUCCGAAUCCAGUUCGCCCCACCAUGUGCCCCAGGGGACAGAUGGUCAGAGUCUCAGACGGAUGCUGUGACUACUGGAAGUGUGAUUGUCGUUGUGACGUCUAUGGCGACCCUCACUACAUCUCCUUCCAGGGUGUGACCUUUGACUUCCUGGAUAAUUGUACAUACAUCCUGGUCAAGGAGAAAACGCUGCGUCACCAUCUGACUGUUGCCGUGGACAACUACUUCUGUAUUCCCGAGUUGGACGGCUCCUGUGCCAAAGGCAUCAUCCUGCAGUACCAGAACAACACGGCCACUGUCAGCAUCGUACCGGAUGAGUUCAGGGUGAAGUCUACUCUGAACCAGAAGAAUGUCGAGCCUCCCUAUGAGGAGAAUGGUAUCAGGUUUGAGACGACAGGCUAUAUGGUGUCUGUAUACAUCCCUGAGAUACGCUCACAUAUCUCUCUCACACCAUCCAACACUCUGACUGUCACCUUGGCCAUGGAGCAUUUCCUGAAUAACACCCAAGGACAAUGCGGUGUGUGCGGUGGAAGCUCUUGUGUGCGUAGAAGUGGGGAGACUGAAGCUGACAGCUGCUGUGAUAAGACCGCCUAUGACUGGAUCUAUGAGGACCCUCUGAAGCCUGAGUGUAGCGCAGCUCCCAGGGACGUCCCAUGCCAUCCUCCAGGCACUCGUCCACCCCCCCGCUGUCUUGGAAGCCCCCUCUGUGACCUUCUCCAUCACCCAGUUUUUGCAAAUUGCAGUAGGCGGGUGGAUCUGAGCCAGCUUGAGAUUAACUGUAGGUUUGAUUCGUGUGGGAGGAACGACAUGGCUUGUUCUCCUCUGGCGCAGGCUGUUGAGGAGUGUAAGAAAGCAGGCAUCUGUGUGAACUGGAGACAACUCACCAACGGGACCUGUGCUAUUGGGUGCCCGACAGGGAUGGUGUACAGAGAGUGCCACGGUCAAUUGGAUGACUACUGUCACGGAGGAGGCCGUGUUCAAGGGAGAGUACUGGAGGAAGUUAAGGCUGGAUGUUUCUGUCUCAGAGGACAGUUCAGAGCUGAGGAGCACAAGAAUAUCUGCGUGUCGGACUGUCCCUACUGCAAGGGUCCACUGGGAGAGUACAAGCAGCUUGGGGAGACAUGGCAGUCCAACUGUCAGGUGUGUACGUGUAACAACCGAACCAAGACAGAGGAGUGUCAACCUAACCUCCCCUCCCCCGCACCUUUCUGCAGUCAGGACUCAGUCCUGGUCACCGGCUGCUGUGGCGAACAGACCUGUGUCGAGAAGACAUGUAACUAUAAUGGAAGGACCUACAAAGUGGGAGACAGAUGGACAGACCUUGCCCUGCCCUGUGAGUCCUAUAGCUGUACCAGAGAAGGCACUCAGACAGUGAGAAGGGUGUGUCCCCAUCAGAACUGCUCAGAGGAGGACAGAGUAUGGGACGAACAACAUUGCUGCUACACAUGUAACCAGACCUGUGCUACCAGGGUUUCUAGUGUGAACAUCACUGUAGACAACUGCACAGCAACACUACAGCUGCCCACGUGUCAAGGCCAGUGUGGGACAGAGACAAGAUGGGUUGUUGCUCGCAGUAUUCUCCAACUGGAACAGAAGUGGGAGUGUUGCAGAGUGAGGAGUCACGAGAGGAAGUCAGUGAAUCUGACCUGUACUGGGGGCUCCGUUAUGCCACACCUGUAUGCACAUGUUACCAGCUGCGAGUGCCAUACCUGCAGUAUAUUGCAGUAAACAUCGCUUUGUGUUCUGAACGUAUAUGCACACAAACAAACAAAAAAUCUAUAUUGAACUGUUAUUAAGAUGGUGAAAAUGUGCCAAAUCAAUGUUUUUUCUAGAUUCUGCAACCUUCCUAUAAUAGUGUCUUGGUCGGUGUUUUGAGGGUCUACUGUACAGUACGUGCAGAACAACGGCUUCAUGUUCCCUUAGUAGAAUAGGUUUUUCAGCUAGUGCACAUCGGUCGAAAGGCCUUUUUCUAUAUUGCAUAUACUCUGUUCCAGUGCAGGAAGUGGACCACUAUAUGUAGAAUAUUGUUGAUUGUGUAUGUAUUCCAUAGACUUCACAUAGGAAAUCUUCUAAUGAUCCACCCAGCACUUUUUGCACUUUUCCAUCUAAAAGACUGCAGCUCCAAUUUGAAAGUGAUUUUGAAAUGUUUAUUUCAAGAACUGUAACCACUUUGAUUUUGCUGAUUUUAUUUUAUAUAAAGUACUGAAGCUUCCACAUUGAA